AUGAAUGGGAAAAUGUUCAAGAAAAGCGAAGGACAGCUCGUAGCAACAUCGAUGGAGGGGCUCUUCCUAUCCAGGCUCCAGAGUCAUGCAGAGAACAGCAGCAAAGAGAAUCUGGACCAUGUACGUAAGUUCUUCUCAAGUCAACGGAAAUUCGCCAACUACGUUACGCACGAAGUUACUGGAGUGAGCCUGUCAGUGUCCAAACCAGUUAAACUAAUUCGGGAAUUUUUCCCCGUGACGACGAUUUGUCAGGUUGAGUGCAACCCGUUUUCAAUCCCAGCGGAUAGAUUCGUUCUCGACUUACUGUCGGACUCUGGUACAGGUCUAGUGAUGCAGGAACAAGAGGAUUUGGCUCAAGUCUACGGAGAUGCUGUGCCUAGCAAAGGCCUUAUGUUUUCCUACGCUCAGUCCACGCCUCGAGGGCAUCUUGAUGUUAUCCUGAAAGCAUGCUUUGGUGCUCAGUUCAACUUCUAUCCAACUCUGCAAGGCAGGGCUGCAGAGAGAAUGCUCUUGCAAGCGUUUUUGGCAUCAGGAUUGCUGAAGAAAGCGGACAAACUUUUAUCAAACAGGCCGUUUGACACGACUUAUGGUCAUAUUACAGCAGCUGGACUCCAGGUUAGUGCCUUAACACCGCAAUGUUGUCCAAAACGCUAUUACGAGGCAAGCUCAGUUUUCAUCGGUAACAUCGACGAGAAGCUAUUCACUGGAGAGCUCGACUCGAGCGAGAUGGUGUUGAUAACGAUGACAGACAACGGUGGAGGUGGACAGCCAGUCUCUUUCGCGAACUACAAGUUCUUAGUGGAGAAAACACGCGCUCAGAACAAACUGAUCUGGGUGGAUGCUUGUCGUAUCUUUGAAAAUGCUCUGUUCAUCAAAGCAUUCGAGCCAGGCUAUGAGGACCGCACCAUCAAGGAUAUCGUACAAGAAAUUCUCUCGUUAGCGGAUUGUGCCACCAUGAGUUUCAAAAAGAUGUACGCUCACUCGGGCGGGGCAAUCCUCAUCAACAAGGCGUCACCCUUCCUUCAGGAUAAAGAGCUGGAGAAACUUGAUGCCUUGAUCAAGAUGCAAACAACGGCGGACUAUGGCAAUGGUUAUCACUCGUACGCCGGCCUCACUGGGGCAUCCAUGGUUGAGGUUAUGACUGGCCUUAUCACGUCAGUAGAUGAAGCCAUUACUGGUGAACGCAUUGCUCAGGUCGGUCGCGUCAACUGUUACAUGCGGCAGAAAUUCCCCGGGUUUCCUAUCCUGGCUGGCGGACAUGCCCUCUACAUCGCGGCAGAUGAGGUCCUGCCUAUGGUUCCGAUGACGAACUGCCCUGCAGAGUAUCUGAACGUGAUAAUGAUGCAUACAAUCCGAACACGCGGCGCAGGCCUCGGUCAUCUCAUGUACGGUGGGAGGGCCGAGCUCCCCUCCGGCAAGAUCGUGUUUCGAUACAAGCUACCAUUGGAUGCACUGAGGCUUGCCAUUCCGCGUAACCUCUACUCGGACGACGAGCUGAUUUCUCAGCUAAGCGUCAUCGGUGAAGCUUUCGUGCGCGGAGCAUUUAGAUCCUUGAAAGCUGGACUCUCUCCUAUUGAUUACAUCGACAACGGCUUCUAUCAUUUCGGUGCCAAAUACAACUUCGUUGACGAAGAAGAGUUUUUAAACGCAGUAGACUGCCUGACUUGCACAGAUACCUAA